AUGGCGGUGGCACUGGGUCUAUUUGGUUCACCCUCUCGAGACCACGUGCUUUCACUGAGUAAGUGGCCUGCACCCAUAGCAAGGCCUGGAGCAAGGCCCAGUAGGACUUGCAGGCCAGCUGUGCUGGUGGGAGUUGUUGCAGCCUGCAAGGCAGCCUGCGUGGCUGCAGGACACAAACGGAGGGUGAUAUGUUGCUGGCAGGUACGAAAGCUAGGCCUCAAAGUCAGUGCCGCGUCGGAUGCUCCAAGUUGGAAGGCAGAAGCUUCUGGCUCCGUGCCUGAUCUGCCUGUACCCUCGCUGUCACUCCGUGAGUUCUUGUUGGGGCUGGACCAUGGGAAGUACGCACGGCCCUCACGCCUACAGGGAAUACAGCAACAGCCGGCCAGCUCUGAGGAUUCUGUGAGGGAGGACCAAAGGUCUGGACUCCAGCUCCAAGAGCCCUCCCGGCCUUGCCUCGAACAUGGAAACCAUGACGCCCGUGCAUUGGAAUCAUCGGAGUCAUCGCAAUCAUGGGUCAACGGCGUGGAAGAUUUUUUUGUGGUGGCAGACUGGAGCGACUGGGCUUUCGAGGUCAUGGAGAGGGGCAGCGGCUCUGGAGAGACUGAGCUGAAGCUGGAGGUUCAGCUGCGCCACACAGGUGGGGAGUUCCAGAUUGUUUGUGACAAGGACUGGUCUCGUGUCCUCUACCCCGGCGAGGCCGGCGAGGCCGGCGAGGCCGAGGCUCUUGGUCCCGAUUCUGGGGGGCACGGAAGGAACUGGUCCCUGAACGGUCAAGCAGGAGACAAGUUCUUGCUCCGGCUUCUUCUAAGACACGACGGGCCUGUGGUGUCGUGGGAGUUGGUGGAACCCGGUGUGGAGGAUCACGAGUAUCAGGAUCCUUACCUAGGCCAUUCUGGCCAUGAAGCCCGGGGCUGGCAGGAGGCGAUCCAGCAGCUGGAAGAAGUGAGGCGGUGGGGACAGGAUCACCAGGUGCGAAGCUUGCGAAGCGAGGCCCUGAAGUUGUGUGGCGAGGCAGGAGCCUCUGCGCCAGCAUUGCAGCUCUUGGAGGAGAUUUGGUCUGAAGACAAGCAGGCCAAUGAGCCCAGUCAGGCCGACUACCAGGCGGUGCUCAGGGCCUGCGAGCUGGAUGCGCUGGGUGGGGAAACGGCGCGGGAGGCCGGGGCUGCCAUCAAGCAGGAGAUGGCUGAGCGAGGCGAGGGCCAGCCAGAUCGAUUCUGUCUCACGCCACGUGUCUGGUGGCAUCGGGACGUCCGGAGGAUGGGCUGCGGAGCCAAUAACACCCUGGAUUGGCAGGGAGGCGAUCCCCUUCCUGUACCCCCGACUGCGCGCUCCUGGCUUCUACCGGCCUCAGACACAAUGGCCGUUGAAAUUGCCCAACAGCAAGAUGCACUGAGGGAAGCAGGAUGGAUGGUGCUUUCUUGUGAUCCCAACAUCGUGCGGCGCCUCGACGACAAAGUCUCGUUGCAGGCUCUCGCGCGAGAUUCUGGCUUGUGUGCAUACUUCCCUGAGCGCUUCGCAGUUCCGGAGCUUGCAUCGUACCCUUGUAUUCUUAAGCCCGCAGCAGGAGAGUUCGGUUCCGGAGUUCAGAUCGUCUACUCGCCGGAAUCUGUGCGUCGAAUAGCAGGCCUCGACUCUGGGGAGUUGACCAGCCAGUGGCUCUUGCAAGAGCUGGUAAUCGGGUGUUAUGAAUACUCAACAUCGCUGUUGGUUGUCGAUGGACGGAUCUUAGAGAAAGCUUGCAUUCGCUACAAGUACGAUGCCGAGGAGUAUGUUUGGCCAGACGUGACUGAACUAGCAAAGGAGCUUGUCGAGCCAUCUGAGUUGGAGAUGAAUGUGAUGCAAAAGCUGGUGCAGGGAUACUCGGGUUUCGUGAACUUUAACUACAAGUUCCGACAAAGGGACGGACAAAUGCUGAUUAUGGAAGCCAACGCCCGAGUUGGUGCGGAUCUGGCUUGCGACGUCCCUCGCCCUCAUGCCCGCAGCAUGCUGGAGAUGUUGGAUCGAGGUAUGUAUCGUGGCCAAGAAAAUGGGCUGGAUCUGCAGCCACAGUGA